CAUCCAUCGAUCAUCACGAUCCCUCAGAUUUGAUGCAUUCCACCAAUAUACCAUCCAACGUCAUGAUGACUCCGGGCCCCUCAACCUCGUCUAUCUAUAUCAUGAAGUCCUCCACAACAACUCGAUCUAAAUGGCUGACCUCCCACUCACUUCUCCCCGCACCACCAUAACCCAACCCACCCACCAACCCAAUCCACCUCACGACCCAUCACCAUAACCACCAUGGCCGCCUCCCGCGCCGCCUACGCCGCCGAGAAAACCCUCGGCCACACCGGCGACCCCAUCACCGCCCAAGACAUCAGCAAACCCCCCGCCACCACCCCACACACCUCCAUGUGCGCCCUCACCUGGCAAGGCAAAAACCAUGUCGCCAUGCGCACCGUCCCGCAACCCACCCUCCUCGAGCCCACCGACGUGAUCCUCCGCGUCACCGGCAGUACGGUCUGCGGCAGCGAUCUGCACCUCCUGCAUGGCGUCGUGAUCGAGCUAUCGCCGGGGGAUAUCCUGGGACAUGAGUUCUGCGGGGUGGUGGACGCGGUGGGAUCGGCGGUGAAGAACGUCGGGGCGGGCGAUCGCGUGGUGGCGAGUUUUCAGAUCGCGUGCGGGGAGUGUUGGUAUUGUGAGAGGAAGUUGAGCAGCCAGUGCGAGCGGACGAGUGGGAAUCGGGCGCAGCGGACGAUGUAUGGGGGAAGGACGGCGGGGAUAUUUGGGUAUAGUCAUUUCACCGGGGGGUUUGCGGGCGGGCAGGCGGAAUAUGUGCGGGUGCCGUUGGGAGACGUGAACCUGUUGAAAUUACCGGAUGAUGUGCCGGAUGAGAAAGGCCUCUACCUCUCCGACGUCCUCUGCACCGCCUGGCACGCCGUCGUCGACACCGGUGUCACCAAAGACGACGUCGUCGCCAUCUGGGGUGCCGGCCCCAUCGGGCAAAUGAGCGCCGACUUCGCCUUCCACCACGGCGCCGCCCGCGUCAUCCUCAUCGACCGCAACUGGCGGCUCGCCUUCUGUCAAUCCCAGCAGCCACGCCUCGAGACGCUGAACUACGCGGAGCUGCCGGCGGGGACGAGCGUCACGGAGCGGUUGAAGGAGAUGACGGGGGGGCGGGGACCGGAUGUGGGGCUGGAGUGCGUGGCGGGGGAGUAUGCGAAGGGGUGGGUGCAUGCGGUGGAAAUGGCGGUGGGGGCGGAGACAGAUUCGUCGGAGGUGUUGAAUGAGAUGAUUACAAGCGUGCGGAACUAUGGACGGGUCGGCGUGACGGGGGUGUAUGUUGGAUUCACGAAUCACUUCAAUAUCGGCUCGCUCAUGGAGAGGGGCAUCCGGCUCAUCGGGAACGGGCAGGCGCCCGUGCAUAAGUACUGGGAGGAGCUGCUGGAGAAGGUUCGGUCCGGAGAAAUCGAUCCGCUGCGGAUGGUGACGCAUCGGGUGCGGGUGGAGGAUCUGGACAAGGUGUACGGGCAGUUCGAGAAGAAGGCGGACGGUAUGCAGAAGGUGUUUGCGGAGACGCGGUUCUCCGCGCCGAGGGCGGAGGGAAGUCCAGAGUUGACGAGGUAUUAGAUGUAAGGAUGAUGAGAAGAGUCAGCUCUGUGCAUGAUAAUGAAAACAUGGUGAAUUCAUAUA